AUGACGCUAACGCCCGUGCUGCUAUUAGGGGCAUGCGUCCGUGGCUUCCUCUACGCCGUGCCGUCUCUCCACGCGACGCUUUCGUUUCGACCGGAGUUAGUCACACCCACUUCUUCGUUCCACCGCAUUCGAGAAGGCGUCUUCCUAUACGUCUCGACCGGUUCGCCCUAUGCGGGGGACGUGUUCCAUCAACCGCCACUGGUGUUUGCGGUACUCUAUCCGGUGCUACAACUCGUGCCCGUGGCGCUCCAAUACGUUUUGCUAUGCGCUCUAUUUAUUUCCGUGGACUUGCUGCUGGCCGUAGGGUUUGCCCGUCUGUGUACAAACACGUUAAAGCUGGAAGAAGGGCGCUCGUAUAAAGUCCGCCAAGACGACAUUUGGCUCAGUCACAUACCUGUAUCGCCUCUAUUUCGACCGGAUACUUUAUCGAGAACUGUAGCAUUGAUUGCUCUCCUGAACCCCUAUUCCCUGGCGUCGAGUGUAGCCAUGUCGACCGUGUCGUUUACGCAUGUGGCCGUCCUCUUCAGUUUGGUCUUUGCUUCCGAAGGAGCUGUUGCAGCGUCAAUGAUGUGUGUGGCGAUGGGCACGUAUUUGUCCGUCUAUCCCUUCUUCUUGAUGCUACCCAUUGUACUGCUAUUGCACAGUGCUGGGGCUGGAAAGACUGCAGUCAGCCACGACAACGGGCCGUGGGUGACGCUCGCUUUGAAGUGCUUGGUGAUAUUCGGUGUCUGGAUGGGUCUCUUGCUUUCGUUGUCGCAUGAACUGCACGGAGACUGGGGAUUUCUGGAGGAAACAUACGUGUGGGUCGCCAAGUACUCGGAUUUGACUCCGAAUGUCGGCAUCUUCUGGUACCUCUUUAUCGAGGUAUUCGAUCGCUUCGUCCCGUAUUUUCUCUUUGUGAUGCACCUGCAUCCUGUCAUCUACGUGGUCCCGAUCUACCUCCGCUUGGCACAUCGACCUCAAGCCUACGCAUGCGUGCUAUUUGGCAUCUUCUCCCUCUUCCAGGCGUACCCUUCAUUUGGUGACUUUGGCUUCUUCCUCUCAUUGCUGGCCUUGCACCCGCAGACGAUCAUGACGAUCAAAAACAGGUUCGCCUACGUGAUUGGCCUGGGCGCGGCGACAUGCAUGUUGCCCGUGAUGUGGUUCUUGUGGCUCUAUCCGGCCUCUGGCAACGCCAACUUUUUCUACAAUCAGACGUUGGUGUACCAGAUCUUCAAUUCCCAAAUCAUCACGGCGUUUGUCGGUGCAACGAUGAAGCGUGACAAGGAUGUCGAGAAGUACCGAGCGCGUGUACUGAAAGAGCUUGCGGAACCCGAAGGAGAUGAGACACGAAAGUAG